GGGACGUGCCAGGGCUCCAACCGGUGCCAGCCCGGCGUCCUGCUGCCCGUCUGGCAGCCCGACAACCCCUCCUUCGGCGACAAGGCCGCCCGCGCCAUCGUCUACUUCGUGGCCAUGAUGUACAUGUUCCUGGGCGUCUCCAUCAUUGCCGACCGCUUCAUGGCCUCCAUCGAGGUCAUCACCUCCAAGGAGAAGGAGAUCACCAUCACCAAGGCCAACGGGGAGACCAGCAUCGGCACCGUCCGCAUCUGGAACGAGACGGUUUCCAACCUCACCCUGAUGGCCCUGGGUUCCUCGGCCCCUGAGAUCCUCCUCUCCGUCAUCGAGGUCUGCGGCCACAACUUCCAAGCGGGCGAGCUGGGGCCCGGCACCAUCGUGGGCAGUGCGGCCUUCAACAUGUUCGUGGUCAUCGCCGUCUGCGUCUACGUCAUCCCCAGCGGCGAGAGCCGGAAGAUCAAGCACCUGCGGGUCUUCUUCGUCACGGCCUCCUGGAGCAUCUUCGCCUACAUCUGGCUCUACCUGAUCCUGGCUGUCAUCUCCCCCGGCGUGGUGCAGGUCUGGGAAGCCCUCCUCACCCUUGUCUUCUUCCCCGUCUGCGUGGUCUUCGCCUGGGCCGCCGAAAAAAAAUGGGGGAAAAAAUGGGGAAAAAAGGGGAAGAAAUAGGGAAAUAAAUGGGGAAGAAAUGGGGGAAAAAUGCGGAAGAAAUGGGGGAAAAAUGGGAAGAAAUGGGGGAAAACAGGAAAAAUGGGGAACUCCGGCCUCACCGCCUCACCCGCCCUGCCUGCCCCGACACCUGAGGAGAAGGAACUGGACGAGAGCCGCCGGGAAGUCAUCCAGAUCUUGAAGGACCUCAAGCAGAAGCACCCCGAGAAGGAGCUGGAGCAGCUGGUGGAGAUGGCCAACUACUAUGCCCUGCUCCACCAGCAGAAGAGCCGAGCCUUCUACCGCAUCCAGGCCACCCGGAUGAUGACCGGCGCGGGCAACAUCCUCAAGAAGCAUGUGGCCGAGUUCUCCAAGAGAUCCUCCACCCUCCUGGAAGUGCCCUCGGACGCCGAGGAGGAGACCUGCAGCCGCAUCUUCUUCGAACCUUGCCUCUACCACUGCCUGGAGAACUGUGGCUCGGUGACACUCUCGGUGGCUUGCCAGCACGGUGCCGAAGCCAACCACACCUUCUACGUGGACUACAAGACGGAGGAUGGCUCGGCCAAGGCGGGCUCCGACUACGAGUACAGCGAGGGGACGCUGAUCUUCAAGCCGGGGGAGACCCAGAAGGAGCUUAAGAUCGGCAUCAUCGAUGAUGACAUCUUCGAGGAGGACGAGCACUUCUUCGUCCGCCUCCUCAACCUCCGGGUGGGCGACGCCGAGGGCAUGUUCGAGACCGACUCGGCCGAGCACCCCAAGGGCCGGCUGGUGGCCCCCUUGGUGGCCACCGUCACCAUCCUGGACGACGACCACGCCGGGAUCUUCACCUUCCAGGACCGGCUGCUGAAGACGCUGCAGGUGAAGAUCGUGGACGACGAGGAGUAUGAGAAGAAGGACAACUUCUUCAUCGAGCUGGGGCAGCCGCGCUGGCUCAAACGGGGCAUCUCGGCCCUGCUGCUCACCCAAGCAGACGGUGACCGGAAGCUCUCUGCGGAGGAGGAGGAGGCUCGGCGCAUCGCCGAGAUGGGCAAACCCAUACUGGGCGAGAACUGCAAACUGGAGAUCAUCAUCGAGGAGUCCUAUGACUUCAAGAACACGGUGGACAAGCUGAUCAAGAAGACCAACCUGGCCAUGGUGAUUGGGACACACUCCUGGCGGGAGCAGUUCCUGGAAGCCAUCACCGUCAGUGCAGGCGAGGAGGAGGAGGAAGAGGACGGGCGGGAGGAGCGGCUGCCCUCCUGCUUCGACUACGUGAUGCACUUCCUGACGGUCUUCUGGAAGGUCCUCUUCGCCUGCGUGCCCCCCACCGAGUACUGCAACGGCUGGGCUUGCUUCGUUGUCUCCAUCCUCCUCAUCGGCGUCCUCACCGCCCUCAUCGGCGACCUGGCCGCCCACUUCGGCUGCACCGUCGGCCUCAAGGACUCCGUCAACGCCGUCGUCUUCGUGGCCCUCGGCACCUCCAUCCCUGACACCUUCGCCAGCAAGGUGGCCGCGCUGCAGGACCAGUGCGCAGACGCCUCCAUCGGCAACGUGACGGGCUCCAACGCCGUCAACGUCUUCCUGGGGCUUGGUGCA